AUCCGCCUCACACGGCGACGAGUGGUCGGAACCUUCUUCCUUCUCCUUCCCCUUCCCCUUCCCCUCCCAAGAAAGGCUGGGACCCGGCACCGGGGCUAUCCCGUGGCCGCUGCGGCCUCAGCUCCAGCCGGGCGGGGGUACGGAGAGGCCAGACCGCUUCCAGGGCGAGUGCUCCUGAUUGUGACAUCACAUCCAUCCCCUUGGCGAUGGAGCUUGUCACUAGGAAGGAAGACUCAGUCGGAGAAUAGCCAACAAGAUGGGUUACUGGGAGCGUCUCCUGAGUGGCACUGAGUGGAGGCAUCAGGGGGUUGGAGCCUUGUGAACAGGGAACCUGCCCCCCAACACUUGGAAGGACCUGGGUUUCAGUGAUGAGACAUGGGGUAUGAUGUAACCCGUUUCCAGGGGGAUGUUGACGAAGACCUUAUCUGUCCUAUUUGCAGUGGAGUCUUGGAGGAGCCAGUCCAGGCACCUCAUUGCGAGCAUGCUUUCUGCAACGCCUGCAUCACCCAGUGGUUCUCUCAGCAGCAGACGUGUCCAGUGGACCGUAGUGUUGUGACGGUUGCACACCUGCGCCCAGUACCUCGGAUCAUGCGGAACAUGUUGUCAAAGCUGCAGAUUGCCUGCGAUAACGCUGUGUUUGGCUGCAGUGCUGUUGUCCGGCUUGACAACCUCAUGUCUCACCUCAGCGACUGUGAGCACAACCCAAAACGGCCUGUGACCUGUGAACAGGGCUGCGGGCUGGAGAUGCCCAAAGAUGAGCUGCCAAACCACAACUGCAUCAAGCACCUGCGCUCAGUGGUACAGCAGCAGCAGACACGCAUUGCAGAGCUAGAGAAGACGUCAGCUGAACACAAGCACCAGCUGGCAGAGCAGAAGCGAGACAUCCAGCUGCUAAAGGCAUACAUGCGUGCGAUCCGCAGUGUCAACCCCAACCUUCAGAACCUGGAGGAGACAAUUGAAUACAACGAGAUCCUAGAGUGGGUGAACUCCCUGCAGCCAGCAAGAGUGACCCGCUGGGGAGGGAUGAUCUCGACCCCAGAUGCUGUACUCCAGGCGGUAAUCAAGCGCUCCCUGGUGGAGAGUGGCUGUCCUGCCUCUAUUGUCAACGAGCUGAUUGAAAAUGCCCAUGAGCGUAGCUGGCCCCAAGGUUUGGCCACACUAGAGACAAGACAGAUGAACCGGCGCUACUAUGAGAACUACGUGGCCAAGCGCAUCCCUGGCAAGCAGGCUGUUGUUGUGAUGGCCUGUGAGAACCAGCAUAUGGGUGAUGACAUGGUCCAGGAGCCGGGGCUUGUCAUGAUAUUUGCGCACGGUGUGGAAGAGAUUUAAGAGAUCUCGACGGUCUAUCAGGAAGAGGUGGAAAUCAGAAAAUCCCAUCACUGCAGCAGCUGGGCCCUGAGUCCUCCCCACUCUCCUUAAUACCGUGGCUUACACUGGGGCCACACAUCUCCCUGCUCUUCUGGCACAGAAGGGCCCCAGGGCACCUUGCUCAGCCUUUCAGGUGGGAAACCCAGAUUCCCUCCUUUUGCCUAAUUUCUUCCCUUAAGAUGUGUGUAAAUGUUCAGGCUGGUUGGGAAAGUCCCCCUUCUAUAUCUGUUUUCCUGCCUAGAGUCCCUGGUUCCAGAUAUUUUCAGAAAGCACAAAGAUACUCAUUUUCUCUAGAGGAUCAGGGUGGAGUGAGGAAUCUCUCAACUUUCCCCUCCUUCCAAACCAGGGAAUCCGAGCAGGCAGGCCUGUUGACUCUCGACAGCAGUGAGAGGGCAGCCCUGGGGAGCAGACAUCCUGAAGAAAUGGUAAGGGUGGAACCCAAACCCUAGAAAUAAAUGAGGCCAGGAACUGGCCAUCACUGAUGGCCCUUAGGGGAGGACUGGACCUCUGUGCCAAGCAAUACCCUGUUCAGCCCACCUUAAAGGUGUGCAGGUCUGCAGGUUGGGACGUUGAAAAUUUCCAGAUGAGCUCUUUCCUACACUUUCUCAUAAUUAGGGAAUGACAGGGUUGGGGGUAGGGGGGUUAGUCUUGGGGUGAGUAUGCUCAGCAGGAAGCAGCUCUGGCUUUUGCUGAAAUUGGGUAGGCACUGCCUCUUGUGGCACAGGCCAUAAUAGUUCCAUAGACCCCUCGCCCGCCCUGUGAUUGUAACUAGUUAUUUUGAUAAUUUCCUUUGGCCGUUGUUGUUUGUUACAUUUCCCUCCCUUCCUCCCUCCCACUUUUUUUAAGAAUGGCCCGGUUAUAGCUGCCCCACUUUUCCAGCCCAGCCACACUGUUGGCAAUUUAAUUUAUUUACUUUUUUUUAAGAAAGGAAAAAGAAAAAAAAAAUUAACAAAACUUAAAGCUUUUCUUUUACUGUUCCUAUUGUGGGGAUUCUGGAUAGGGUGGGACAGGGAUGGGGUCUGUUUUCUAUUUUUCCUUUUCAGCACAACCUUUGGCUUUAACAUAGGCAGGGCCAAGGGAGUUCUUGGCUGAACUUAUGUCUGCCCCAACCCUGCAUAAGCCCAUCUGAGAGGAGAAGCUUCCUCUGUUCCAGCAGUGGAUAUGACAGUCCAGCAUCAAUGCCUGUGUCCUUUGGACAACUUUGCUCCUAGCCCUUCCAGGGUCUCAUCGUAAAACUCUGUAUUUCAUGUAUUAAUUUUGAAGACAUUUCUACCCCCUCCCCCAGUUUCCUUGGAUAUAUAUAGCCGGUUUUAAGCUUCCCCAGGCAAGAUCGGAUACAGGCUGUGCUCUGUCUCACUCAUGCCCCCUAAGGGCUUCAGCUCCAUUUCAGGGUACCCAGGGCAUUCCCUGAUCCCCUGGGUGACUGGCAGAGUAAGAGAAAGGGAAGGAUAGUGGGUGUGAUUAUUUUAAUAUGCAGGUGGGAGUGGGGUUAAAGAGAGAUGGCCAUAUAACAGCUUCUUUUUGGAGUUUUCUUCCAGGCCAGCUUGCUGUAGGUGUGUAGCUGGGUCACGGCUCCACUGGGAUUGGGGUGGAGGGAUACAGCUUGAAGGGAGUAGGGAACAGUCAUUUGUUCCAGCUCCAGGACACUGUGCUCAGGAAUUUGAAAACGCUGCUAUACUUAGUGUGGUUACUGCAUUUCUUCCACUCCCCUCUGCCCCUGCCUGCCUUACCAGGGCCCAUACCCUCCUGUCGUCACCCUCACUUGGAGCCAGGAAGCUGUUAAGCUUCCCUACCCUUUGCACUAGUGUCUCUGCGGGUUGCGGGUUGUGUUAUAUGUGCUGUUCCGUGGUGUUGACUGCACUAAUAAACCUUUUACUCAACUCUAAAUUCUUAAUUCAGCAUCACUUCCCUUCUUGUGAAGGCUUCUCCUCUGCUUUGGCCUUUCUCUCACCUUAAUUUCCCUUACUUCUGACUUUGUAACCUACCCUGAUCUUAGAACUAACCUCUGUUUUAGGAGGAUGUCUGUCUGGUAGUCGUGUGCACCUGUGCGCCCUCCUCUAACCUUCCCUCUCAUCCCCUGUUCUGUAACAGCCAACACUUUGUCUCCAGUGACCUGAACUGUGUUCUUCCCAGGGUCUGCUUUUGCCCCCAGUUCCAUGUCUUCCCUGGGGUUUGAUGAUACUUUCUACAGAAGAUAUGCAUGCACCUUUCUCCCUUGUCCCACGAGACCUUUGCUGUGGAAUCUGGAAUUCCACUGUAGCCAGGGACACCUCCACGCCAACCCCACCCCCACCCCCUGGUUCCCCUAACCAAGAAAGUAAACAUGAGAAAGGGAACCUGGGACGGCUGUACCUGUGGUGGUUGUCAAACCUUGAGAACCCCUUUUGGAGGCAUUUGCUGCCAUCUUCUCCCUGUCUUGUGAAAAAGAAAAUCAUCUUUUCCCCCAGUACUGUAGUUUAAAUUUGUUGAGCAUUUUUCAUGCACCUGAUGUAAAUCUAAUAGUAUCGUAGAUACUCUAAUGGGAUUAAAAAGGGGGGAGGCAUUGGGCAUUCCUGUGCCCACCAAGUCUACUGCACUUACACACGAGUCUGAUUAUACAAUGCUGACGACACGUCGCCAUGCACAGCACACAAGGCACUAGUCACUCUAGUGAUACCACCCGUGCACUUUCCCUGAAGCUCCUUCAGAAUUACUUUCAGAACUGCUGCUCAUUCUUUUGAAUGUCAUUAAUGGUGCCAAAUCUUCCUUUUAGGUUAGACUUGGUUUUUGGAAACAAUAUUCAUUAAGUUUCUAUUCUGCAAGGAACUCACUGGAGGGGUCAGGGGGUUCAUAAAGUAAAAUGGCACCUACCUUCAAGAACUUACUCCCUAAUGGAGAUGAGUACAUAUAUGAGAGAGAUGAUUGGUGUGGUAAGUGGGUCUACAGCAAAAUGUGAGCCACUGAUUCUGAUGGGUACCAGGAAAGACUUUUUCAGAAGUGGUGUUUGUUCUAGACCAGAGGUUGACAAACACAGUUUGCAUCCUGCUGCCUGCUUUUGUAACAAAGUUUACUAGAACACAGCCAUGCCCAUUUGUUUGUGUAUUGUCUACGCCGUUUUAGAUUACAACAGCAGAGCUGAGUAGUUGCCCCAGAACUAUGGCCCACAAAGCCUAAAAUACUUGCUGUUUGGUCCUUCACAGAAAGUUCGCCAACCCUAGACCUUUACAGUUCAGGAGAAUGGGCAGGGAAGUGUACAAAGGGUUGGUUGUUUUAAUUUUUUACCUCAGUAUAUACAUUUGCAAAAUCACAACGUUUUUCUACAUUGCCACAAUAAAUGCUUAAAAUUAACAAUCUAUCCUUAAUCUAAUAUAAACCUGUAUUCACAUUCCCCCAAUUGUCCCAAGAAAAGUACUUUUAGGGCUGAGUUUCCUCUAAGCCUGGAUCCAAACCAGGAAGCACGCAUUACACCAGGUAAUGUGUCUUAACUCUUUAAAUCUCUUACUUUGGAUUCCUGGAACAGCCUUUCUUUGGUGACACUAAUUCGUUGAAGAGUUGGGCCAGCUGUGCUGGAGAGAGGUCUUUUGGAUUUGACUGGCUCCUUCACAGUGUCCUUUAACUUGUUCCUCUAGCCCCUAUUUUUACUAAACAGAAUUAGAUCUAGAGUCUGAGAGAUUCAGGUCAUACAGUUCUGGAGAUAGACGACAUCACAGGAGAGAGGUUCUUUAUGUUGUGUAACAUCAGAGAUAGGCCCAGUUGUCACACCAUUAGCCUGAUCUCUUCAUUGUACGCUUGUAAUGUUGAGAGAUUUUUUUAAAGCUGGCUAGGUGAUGAAUACGUGCCCUGAGAGAAGGGGGCAGCUGGCAGAGCAGCUCCAGCUGGUUGCUGCUGUACAAGAACAGGGGCCCAAUAUUGCCAAGUCUUAUUUUUCAAGAACCUUUUGUCAUCCUAAUGUUUAUGCAAACAUCACAACUUUUAAAUGUUGGCUCAAUUAAAAACUUCUUGUGGGCCAAAAAAAGGUCCACCAGUGUGCAGCCUGUGUUUUAGCUUGAGAUCACAGCAUAAAUAAAAACAAGUGGAGGGCUGGCCCCGUGGCCGAGUGGUUAAGUUCGUGCGCUCCGCUGCAGGCGGCCCAGUGUUUUGUUGGUUCGAAUCCUG